AAGCAAACGAUGCGUUUUAGGGAGAGAAAAGGAAAGGUCCUCUUGAAUCUUCGCCUCCUUCACCGUGGAUCUGCGCUGGGGCACUGCUAGCAGGAACAACAUAGUGAGCAAAGAUCACUCAAACAGAAGGGAUUAAUUCAAUGGCUACUUUGAAAAGUCUGAAGAUCAAGACAAGCACUUGCAAGCGAUUAGUGAAGGAGUUGCGUUCUUAUGAGAAGGAAGUUGAGAGAGAAGCUGCCAAAACUGCUGACAUGAAGGAAAAGGGAGCUGACCCUCAUGAUCUCAAGCAGCAGGAAAAUGUGUUGGCUGAGUCUAGGAUGAUGAUUCCUGACUGCCGCAAGCGCCUUGAGGCCUCUCUGUCAGACUUGAAAAAGACAUUGACCGAGUUGGAGGACUCUGGUGAGAAGGCAGGUCCUGAAAUUGACGACGCUCGAAACACCAUGGUAGAAGUUGAAAAAGUAUUUGAAAUUGAAAUAACAGAAGCUUAAGGGUGAGUUUGAUUAAUGCUCUUGAUGAGGAUAUUGUACUUGUGUUACAUGAGCCCUCUCCCUCCCCUGUUUAGUUCUGUGCUGCUAUGGAACUUCUGAAACUGAAUGAAUAUGAAAUUGCAUACUUUUCCAAGCUUCAAAACAUGGUAUCAAAUUGUCAAAGCUUUUCCUUCUAAA